AUGGUCAAGAGCGGGAUGAUACCAGGUAUGCCCCCAAAUCUUCAUCAUGAAGACCCCCCUAAAUGCGAAUUUUGUGUCCUGGGUAAACAGAUGAAAAUACUCAUUCCUAAACAUCGCAAAGAAGGGCCAGGGCACAGAGCAACAAGGAAAUUAGAGAAGGUGUGGGUGGAUCUUAGACUUUAG